AUGGCAACCACCGCAAUAAACACUUCGGCAAAUCCGCUCGAGGCCGCUUGGACAUGGGGUGCAGGCACAGUAGUUGAAUCCGACGAGGAAGACCACGACUCCCAACCAUCUCAUGAAGACGAAAGUCAGCAAGUGCCAAAUGCAACAUCCAAGGUGAAAGAGGAUGAGGAAGAUGAUUGGAAUUUAUUCGAACAUCGCAAGGGUGUAGAAGAUGAUGCAGAAAGCGGUACUGCUGCUACAUUCAUGGGAGAUUCCAUUUCUUGUGUCUCAUCUAUCCAAGAACUUAAAGUGGCCGUUAGGGAUGGUUCCCUGGACAAUGCUCUAGAAGAAGCUCGAAGGAGUUUUGAGCUUUGCCAGUCUUUGCGAUUCUCGCAACUAGUCUCGGGUCUUCCAGAAGAGGACGAAGAAAACGAUGAUAAGAAGAAGGCGAACGACAUUAGCUCAUCAAACUUUAUCAGCCUUGCAAAUAUUGAUGCGUCAGACAACAAGCCACUAGUAGGCUCUUCCUGGUGGAAUUUAUUGCCAAGUCCUUCCGAAGUCGAUGAAUCCAUCAGGUCCACCGGAUCGGCCAAGAGAAAUAAGAAGAUGAAGGAUGCUCGGAGGGCCAAGGUGUUGUCCUCAAUUUCCCUCUCUCUUUCCUUGGUGUCAUCACCUAUAUCCGAGUCUUCUAUUCCGGAGGACAUAGCAUCGGUCAAGAGUAGGAGGACACACAAUCAGAAGUCAAAAAGCAAGUCUCCCAAACGAUCCACCAGCUACAAGAAGAAGGACAAGCCCCAUGAUUCUUCCAGUGUGGUUUCUUCCAAAUCUAAACAAAAGAAGACUCGAAAAACCAAAUCACUAUCUCCCACUCGCAGUAGUGGUGGCAGUAGAAAGAAGAUUGCCGAGAAGCUUGACGCUGUGAACAAGAGAUUGGGAGACACUGUUGGAGUGGUUUCCACACCUGCAAGACGCCGGAACAAGAAUGCCCAUAAAAUUGAAGGAUAUCAACAAGGAAAGCACUAG